AUGGACCUCACUUCCGAUGACACGCAGCUAAGACGUCGGCGGCGACCGUCGACGCCGUAUGUUGGUCUUAAUACAACCUGCAGACCCUUGCCGUAUUCGUUGGAGGCGCUGGACCUCUCACCGAACUCGCCUACCCAGGCUAUGGCAUCUCUGCGUUUCCUCGUCCUGUCAUACCUCGCCGAGCUUGAAACCAGGUUGUCGCAGUUGGAAUCCCCAGAUUUUGAGGCAUGGAAGGUCAAGGGAGAGGUUGCUAUGGAGGAUGCCAACCAGUGGGUCAGCAACACGCUGGAACUACUAGAUUCAAUUCGGACGGACGUCUCGUUCCAUCUGCCUGAUAUUCAUGCGCUGUCUGUUGACAGCCUUACGUCUCACUUUCCCGACGUUCCGAACAUUCGUUCACAUCUUCCUGACAUGUCUGAUAUGCACGUGCAUCUACCCGACUUUAGCCUUUCGGACAUGCGUGCCAAGCUCGAGGAUAUCCGCGCCCGGUUUCACGACAUAGACUUUGAUAGACCCGUCAAUUAUCUUCCUACACUUCUCGAGCACCUACAUGACUUGACCUUGCGCCUUUCAUCAAAAGAGCUGCCGUCUGGUUUUGAUAUUGGCCUGGCGGCGCUUAGCUCGCGUCUUACAGACUUUCUUGACUCCAUAUUGUCUUCGAAUCUCGUCGCCUCGGUCCCUCAUAUGAAGGAUGGUGAGGAUUUGAUGGGCCGGGCAGCGAUGGAGGUGGUGGAAGUUGCAAGGGCCAUUAAGCACUCUUUCGAGGGCGUUCAUCUCAUCCAGUACUCUGACCUUCCCCGUAAAUGGCGUAACAACCCAUUCGUUACCCGAGGUUAUAGAUUUAUACCUAUAGAGAGAUGGCCUCUUCUUGUCUUGUCUUUAUUCGCCUUUCAUAAUGAAACAUUAAAUAUACACACGCAUCUAAUUCCCUUCCUUCUCUGGUUGAUCAGUUCCAUACCGUUCUUUAGUACCGAAAUCAUUGACACCCCCGAGCGAUGUUUCAUGGCGUUUGCUCUCCUCUGUUUGUUCUGCAGCUCGGUCUGGCACACGAUGGCGGGUUGUGCUCACCACGGUAGUAUGGAGUUUUGUGCAAGAGUGGACUAUGUUGGGAUUGGCUGGCUCAUCAGUGCGAGUGUGGGGACAGUUGUCUGGUAUGGCUUCCAGUGCCAUCCAGAAUGGGGUCAAUUUUUCUUGUCUCUAUGUGCCAUUACGGGGUUAGCUGGAAAUGUCUUUCCAUUCAUGGACUGGUUUAAUCGAUACGAGAAUCGGGGUUGGCGCAUCGCCUUCUUCUUGUCCCUUGCAUUUUCGUCGCUUGCGCCGUUGGCUGCAAUUGCAGUGUUACAUUCACCCCGUCAAAUGAUGGAUUUUAUAUCCCCCGUCGUGCCUUCAUUAAUAUCUUACGUGGCAGGACUGGUAUUUUAUGCGACGCAUGUACCGGAACGGUUCCUUACUGAGAAAUGGCGUCAACGCCUUGAUGCAGUUGGUGGAGGAUCUCAUUGUAUCUGGCACUGUUUCAUCGUACUUGCCGUAAGUCAGCAUAAGUCGGCAAUACGUAAUAUGAAAGAAGGGGUUCUGUGUACUCUGUAG